AUGGUGGACCCUAUCAAAGAGGUGGCCUACGGCGCUGCAGCAGGCUGUGUGGGUAAACUCAUUGAGUUCCCGUUCGACACUAUCAAGGUUCGGCUCCAGCUGGCGCCCAGCCAGCUUUCUACCGUGCAAGUCAUCUCAUCUACCUUCAAACAAGAAGGACUAGUGAAUGGCUUCUACAAGGGCAUUCGGGCGCCCAUGGUCGGGGCGUGCUUGGAGAAUGCUGUGUUGUUUCUGGCGUUUCAGUAUGGCCAGGAAAUGGUCAGGAAUGGCACGUCUUUGAACCCUUCUGGGUUGGUUGCAGUGUGUGCCUCGGGAGCGUUUUCUGGGUUUGCUGCUUCUUUCGUCUUGACGCCCGUGGAGCUUGUUAAAUGUAAACUUCAGGUUCUGAACCUUCAUCUGCAUUCGAAACUGGCUUCGUACGGGUCCGUGGUGCUGAAAAUCAUCAAAAGAGAAGGUGUGGUUGGACUAUGGCAUGGCUUGAGCUCUACGUUGCUUCGAGAGAUGGCAGGAACGGCAGUAUGGUUUGCUACCUAUGAAGAAUCUCUAGGAGCCCUUCGAAAACAUAACCCUAAAGCUGAAAAUACCAAUUGCUUGGUUUCGGGCGCUGCUGCUGGCUUCAUGUUCAACUUAUCUAUCUUUCCAGUGGAUACCAUCAAACUGGUGAUUCAAACGCACGACGUGACGCUGCCGACGCUGGGGAAACUCAGCUUUGGCCAGGCGGUGGCCAAUUUGACCGCCAGGAAGGGCGGCCUCCUAAACUUGUACAAUGGUCUUUCCAUCACCUUGGUACGGUCCAUCCCAGCCAACGCCGUGAUCUUCUACGUCUACGAGUACCUCAAGACGAACUUCUAG